UGUUUCCUGCGUCUGCCGCACAGGUUUGCCGCUUCUGGCGGUUGAUCGCCUUAACCUGAAAAGUAUCAAAACUUCAAGAGAAAAUAAGGGUUUAUCACCCCUAGCGUUUCGUUUUUUGUGAUCAAACAUUUAAAACAUUGUGUGGUAAUCAUCUAGUUAAACUAUCGACAAGAGUUUCGAAUGUAGCGUCGUCAAGAAGUUAAUUUAUGUUGUGUGUGUCUGAAAAUUCUAAAACCACAUAUGAACAUUUUCAUCUAAUUUGCUUAACUCAAGCAAAAAGUCUAAAAUGGAGCAAUACAAAUCAGUUUACUCCAGCAAACAGUUCUUCACAAUUCCUGAAACAAUUUUUGAUCUAUACAAAGAAUCAGCUAAUGCAGAAAAUGAAAAUGAUGUUAUUGGUGGCAUUUCAUUUGACACCAAACACUCCUGGCUGGCUAUAGGCCCAUAUCUUCAAGUAUUCUACACAAAGUCGGCAAAAGUGCGCUCGGUAUGGUGUUUUGGAGCAGUUGCAAAAGAACCAAAUGCAAAAAUCGUUUGCAUUCAAGAGUUGAAAAUUCCCUAUCAAGAUUGCACACUUCUAGUGGUAGGCUUAGAAUAUGGCCUUCACACUGGCAUGGUUUGCAUAUACAAUUUAUCAUGUGCCAAAGUACUCAGGGCUAUAGAAAUUCCUCAGCAUGUAACAUCACUACAUGUAGUGAAUGCAGGCAAUGACACACCCUUUCCUGGGCCCUUAUCAGCCCUGGACGGCAUCAUCGCAGUGGGAACAGUCGGCGGAGCAGUUUACCUCAUUGAUUUAUGUCGAGAAUUAAUCUCGGAAUCAAGAAAACUAGCGAAUGUAUUAGAUAUUCGCAACGAAUCACGUCCAUGUCAAUUGAGACUCCUCUCAAAAACCGAUAUCCUCGAUUUAGAAUCACAUAAAAUCGCUGCGGAACAAGAUGGAACACACGUCGCAAUUCUACUCAACGAUCAAGAGGUGUCAGGAGUACAUUUUGAACUGAAAGCGCCCGAAGGUAGAAAUGUUAUUCUUGCAUCUAAGAAAGAAGUUGAUGUGAGUACACUACAAUACGCUCCGCAGUUAUGCAGUCUAUUCGUCGGCUAUAAUUUCGGGGCUUUGCAAAUCUGGAACUUUCUUUCACUGGAUCUCGAAUACACUUCACCAGUUUAUGAAGAAAACAUGCCAGUGUCAUUCAUAGCAAUUCAGGAACCUAUAGACGACCCGCGUGCGUUUUGUUACUUUUGGGCUGUGUAUAGUUAUACAGGUCGGUGUCAUGAUGCGUUUCCACUAGCAGCGUUAUACGCGUUAAGCUACGAAAGUAAAGAUUAUCACGAAGGUUACGGAUAUAUCUAUCGUGGUCUACAUGGCUGUUCCGUAAGAUUUCAAGCAAAUUUACGCAUGAUUGAUCGCAGUCAUUGUACGUCUGCAACCGGUGCAAAUUGCCUCAAACUACAAUCUUACACUAAAGUUAAUCAGAAUAACACACAUGCGGAAACUUUGUCUGUGAACGAUGAGUAUGCGCUUUGCAUGAUGGUGUGGAACGUGCGUUGUCACGAACAUAAGUCCCACACUUAUUUAAGUCUGUUUGAUUUGAAUCAAUGGUACAAGGAACAAAUGCCUAAUUUGGCCUACCAGCAACACUACAUGAACUAUAUGACACAUUUGUGUUUGACUGAAGGUAACGCCCCGAAGGACUACGCCAUUUUGGACGCGCAAAUUGAUCCGUCGUCCAUUGAUCCAUAUGUUGGAGCGAAUAGACUAGAAGAACAUUAUCGACCGUCAUCGUUAGCGUUCAAUUUGGUGACUUUGACUGAAGUUGAGGUCGUUUGUCAGAGUAAUCUAGGCGCACAGCGUGGGUUGUUUAAAGAAUUAGAGGAGGCAGGUCCUCUUGCAUUGAUGCAUCCGCAGGAAUGGUAUAACUCUGCGCGGACUUUGGGUUUGGCGCCAUUGUUUCAAGAUAUGCCUGUAGAUGCUGCUACAAAUGUACAAUGUGAUAUUCUGUUGUCUAUCGCAUUGGAAAGAAAAAUGUUGAAAUGGUUAUGCAAGUGCGCUACGUCUUGGGGUAAUGGAAGUCAUCGUUCAGUCGGUUUAUCACUAGAACUAUUACUAAAAUGGGGUUGGGAACGCACUAAAACAUUGAAAUCACAUGUUGAUAGAUACUGCGCUUGUUUGUUUGAUUACUCCGGUACGAAACUCGAUGCGAACUUGAGCGCGGCCAUUACUGCAUGUCGAGUGCAGUUUGGCAAUCUUAAAGAUUUGUUUCACUUUGUUGUCAAGCACUGUGAUACGUUCCUUGUAUAUCCAGAUAUUAUCAAACAACAACUCACAUGGAUGCAGAAAAAUUACGCGUAUUUUAAUGUAAUUGGUUGGAUGAUCAACAUGAAACUUUUACCGGAAUCUAACUUGACUUAUCCAGUCGAAGAAAUUGCUUGUUUAUAUCAACAGCGCCGCAAUUAUCUAAGAUCUUUAGAUCGUCAUAGUUUUAAUGAUUAUUUGUUCAUUGAUCAAUUGACAAAUGUAACUGCAUUGCGCAAUGAGUGGAAAGAUGUUGAAAAUGGUAAUAUGCAGGGUUUUUAUCCCCCGCGGACGAUGCAAACUUUAUUGAGAACGUAUUUUAAUGAAUCGUUGGAUGUCAAAAUGGCGCACUCAUUGUUAGCGUAUGCAAUGCUUGAUUUAGUCAUACACUGCCAAGGCACUCAAGACAAUCAAAAUAUCUCAGCGACUCUAAUCAAAUUCCCACAAAUCUUUGAUUUGAGUAUGAGUAAUACAAAAAUGAUUCAGGCCUUCUGGCAGUUUGAUCGCGGGCAGUUGGAACCUGCGAUUAGUCAAUUGGUAUCCAGAGUAAUACAUCCUCAUGAUUUGACUGUCGAACAGCAUCGAUUUAUUGUAAAGAUAUUGCAACUUCAAGGGCAGUAUCGAUUGGCGUUGAAGUACAUGAAGGCGAGAAACACCAAAGGAAACAAGGAAGAUGUCCAACACUUGAUUCAACUGCAUGUACGUAAUAAGAUGCUGUUUGAGGCUUUGUCGAUUGAAAGGAGACACAGUGAUGAUGAUCUCCUGGAAGCUUUCUUCUCUGAAUGCCUACAAGCUGAUGUGUUAAUGCAGUUGGUGAGUUUCAAUUUUACGAAGAGUGAAGAAUUGGCUUUGUUGAAAUUCAUGGAUAUGUCGAAUUAUUCCCGGAGAGAAGAGUUUAAGACUAUUUAUUUCGUAAGAAGAGGAAGGUUUCUCGAUUUCUACAUGCAGCACGAUAAGGAAGCAACAAAGAGACAAGCAUUGCCUUCGUUGGUAAAGAACACAUUGGAUAGCAUUCUUCCUGAAGUCACUAAGAAAGUUAUUAGUACUUGUUUAGAUCUGAAAGGGUUGACUUAUGGAAAUACAAAGAGUUUGGGUGCAUAUGUUUGUAACUCACAGGAACGAGCAAAGUUUAACAAUGACUUUGUGAAAGCUUGUGUUGUGAAUUGUAAGUCUUCCUGGAAAGGUACCGGAGAACUUACCGAGGAAGAUUUUCCUUUCGUUUGUCCUCCAUGUAAACGAGACACUCCAUCAAUGAAAAAUAUUAUUUAUACUCGUGGGGUGCAGAAGUUAAUACCGAGAGUUAAAAAAGUAGAGGAUGAGGAUGAAGACAGGGAGGAACCACCUUCGAAACGAAUGCGAUUCGAUAAAUCACGCGAUGAAGAAAUGAUGAACAUGACCACUAUUGAGACUUACUUUCAUCGUAGUCUCGCCCCUCAAACACCCAACGCUAAUCAAACUAUGGGCGUUGCUACACCACUCAGCAUUCUGAAAACAACCACUCAUUCGCACCGAGGCGAGUCUAUCACUCCUGAAGAUUUGACUGAUUUAAGGCGGUCGAUGACGCCUAAGUUGGCCACGCCAAGUGUGCGUUUCACUGGUCUGACAUCGAAUAACUCAAGCAAUAAUAGCUUUUCCAUAAUAGCACCGAUCAGUACCAGUAAUACUAAGGAGAGCACAACUACAGAUUACUUUUCCGCUGAGCCAUCCUUUGACGAGUCACAGAAAGUACCUCAGGAAAUCCAGGAAAAAAAUGAAACCAGGAAAAGGAAGCUUAGUGCAGAUGCACCUGUGAAAGAUGUGGCAGAUGCUACUUUGUUUAAUGAUGUAGAACCAUCGAUUUUGCGUAGCACUAGCAUAGGCAAUUUGAACGCUAAUAAAUUUCUAGAGUCUAUGCAGAAAAGUUAUGUUGAGGAGGCGUUACCAGAAGUUAAUCCACCAACAGCAUCACCAGUACUCAAUGAAACUAAAAAUCCAGAAGUCUUCAAAUCGGUGUUUGUUUUCACUGGUGCAGAUGAUGUGGACACCUCUGCUUUGACUCCAAAGGCGAGGGACACGUAUCAAACACGUGGUGAUAAUUCUGUAAAUAAGAACAUAUCCCUAAAUCGACGGGUUCUUGAGUCUAAAACGAAGGAAAUUCGUUACGAGAGUAAAGUUGUAACAGUAAACACUGAGGAAGUCCGUGUAGAUGGGGGUGAAUCGGAAACUAAAACUGUUUUACAUGAAGUAGAUGUUACUGACACCAAGAAAAUUACUGUAUGUGAUGUUGAACAGCCGGAAGAUAAAAGUAUAGAAGACAUGGAGACUGAAAAUGUGGAACAUAAAGACAUUAAUAUUACAAAUGAAGAAGCCAGUUUAGAAGAGAAGAACAUGCAAGAUGUAGAGGAAACACCAAUAACACCCAAAUCAAAGUUGAUUAUGAAUAAAACUGUUAUUGAUUUAACUGAUACGCCUAAGAUUCACGAGAGCAUCUUUCAACGUCCUGGUUUCGUCGAUUACUUUUCUUCGCCCAGAGGUAAUACUCCGUGUACGUUACCCAGCAUAACUAAAAUGUUUUGGUCUGGGUCAUCAAAACCUUCGGAAACGAAGAUAUUUAAGUUGGAUCUAACGCCAGCAAAAACUGAUUCGACAAAAUUACCUGCUCCUGCCUCGUACCUACAUGCUUCGAAUACUUCUAAUGUAACUUUUGGUGGACUAAAACCGGCAAAGUUGAAUUUAAGCACGAGUGCAACCUCUUCAUUUUCGGGUAGGUCUGCAACUGAAAAGAGUUCCGAAAACACAACGGAAUUGGAUAUUUCUGCUGUUGAAAUGGAUGCUCAAAAUGAUGAAGCAACUGGUUCGGAAACCCUAAACCAUCGAAUCAAUCAAUCCCCAUUAUUGUUGAUUGAUACACCAGUAAUCAGCAAAAGUUAUUUCGAGCGGCCUUCUUUUAUUGAUUAUUUCGCUGAUUCUGUUGCUUCAGAGGAUGAUGCGAUAAAGUUACAAGAAUCAACAGCAGCAUCUUCUGAUGAUGGUGUACAAAUUGUUGAUGUAACCGAGGAAGAUGGUCAAAAGGAAGAUUCUGAGGAAGCAGGUGCGGAAAAUGCGGAUACCGAACCCCAAGUUAACAUCUAUGAAGACUUAUCUAAUCCAGCAAGCAGUAGCCAUCAUUACAUCAUUGAUCCCGUGAUGAAUAACUACAAUCAACCGCAAGAGACCGACUAUCAAGCUGGUUUGGUUAUUUCUGGCCAACAACAGACAGAAAAAGUUGUUGAAAAUCCCGAAGGAAAUAUCGGAUAUGAUGCAGAACCACUUCCAGCUGAGGAAAUGUUUCAAUCGAUGGAAUCGAUAAACGAUGAAGACUCUCGGGAGGAACUUACUAUUGCUGUAGAAGAGGUUAUCAGCAUUGGUAGCAGCAGCGAUGGUAAAACAAGUAGCCAGAGUGAUACCACGAGUGAGUCCAGUCUUACUGAACAUUCGAAUUCUGAAGUAGAAACAGCAGAUGUUGCUUUUGUUGCAGAUUCUGACAGUGCUUCAGGUAGCAAAACGUCGCACGAGAAUCUCGACGAGAAUGUCAAUGAAGUGAAAACUAGUUCAAAGAGCGAGUCGGAUACGGUUGUCACUGAAUCUAGCAAUGGUGUGAAGGAACAACUACAGGAGAAUAAUCUUGAAAUCAAAGAAAUUGUCGAAGAAACAGAGAAGCCAAUUGAGGAACUGUCAAGUACACCGAAAAAAAGAACCAGAACCAGAAGUUCUUCAAGCAAAGGUGAUGCACCUACUUUGACGAUACAGCUUCGAUCGAGAAGAAGUAGUGUAUCUUCAGAAAUAGCUGAGCCAUCUGUGACGCCAGAACCUAAAAUACCAAAAGCGAUUCAGAGGACACGGAGCAUGUCUACGGAUACACCGCCUACACCGACCAAAACAGCCGCAAGGAGGAGUCUACGUGCAAGAAGUGUAGAUGUGGUUGCUUUGAACCCAAUUAUCGAAGAGGUGAAACCUUCACCAAGAAGAAUGUCUCGUCGAUUAUCAGAACUCAAAGAAGCCAGGGAGGCUGAAUCGCCAAAAUCACAAGAAACUACACCUGCAAAUACUUCUGAAACGUCAGACCUUAUGCAAGCACGUCGCUUGACACGAAAUCAGAAGCAACUCAUGAAUGAUCGCUCGAUAGACCGAUUGCAAUUGUUGGAUAAGGACGACUUCCAGGGUACUUCUGAUCCGGAGGAAGUAAAUCUUCUGCAGAGGUCUCCUCCGUCGAGUAUCGCAAGCAGCAGCGCUGCGGAGAACGCUCGACAAGUGAAAAAUCUCGAAGAGGCUUCCACACCUAAAAGACGUCCUGGACGACCCAGGAAGUCGCCCACACCGGAGCCCAUUGCAUCUGCUGCCUCUACAGAUUCCGGAAGUCGUACUCCGCGACGCACCACCCGGAAAACUAUGAGUAUCAUUGCGGAAGAGGUAGAUUCGGAAGCCACAUCAACUGUUCCUGCGAAAAGGGGAAGGAGACGGAGUAGCGCAACACUCAGUGCGAAAUAAAUUAGUAUUGUAUACUAACUAAAGUGGUAGGGUAGGUAUGGUUGAAAUAAAGAAAAACAUAAUGAAGUAGUAAUGGUGUAAACUGAGGGAAAUUGUUUUGUUGUAUUUUUUUUUCUAUUAAAACAACUUUUUGGUAUUAAAACUCAUUGUUUUCUAUAAUAUUUAGGGAUGUCUAUGUGACAGGCAAUAGCUUUGAAACAAUCGUUGCUUAUCGUUUAAUUUUUAUGUUUUUUUGCUGUAUGUCAAAAGUGCCCUUUUUAUUUCUAUUUCUUAUAACGUUUUAUUGUGAUUUGCGCGUGGUGAGCAAUCAUGAGUUCCUGCUCUAGUAGUAAAAAGAUCCAUCGUCGGAAUUUGCAUCCUCGCGUGUCGCUCCUUAAUCGCUACAAGUACAACAAUGCGUACUUAAAUUAUUGUACCGAGUUCCUUCGGCAGCCGGAAACGCGACAGCUUGGAAAACCGACUUGUCGAGUUAAAGUAGCAGCUGAGCAAUGGAUGCGUAUGACUGAUGAAGAGCGCGCUCCUUACAAAUCGUGCGCCGAGUACCAUCAACAACAAGCUGCUCUCGAACGAUCGAAGUGCCCAAAACAAAAACCGAAAAGGGUGCGCCGGAUUUGUUCCAACUGUGGUCAUCGCAUGCGUAAAAAGAGUCGUAAAAUGAAGAAACAACCACUUCCGGCAAAGGCUGCGCCUAUGUCACAGCAGUGUCGGACAUCACGACCGGUCAAAGUCGAACCCCGAACAUCUCAGCGGCGGCGGCAAUCUCAUCAUUCAGGGCCGGAAGAUUUCAGUGCUACCGAAAUGUUUGAAAGUGACUCUGUGGUAUCUUCUGUGAGUUCUUUUUGAUCCAUAUUUUCAAAUUCCCUUCUAACGAACUGCUAAAUACACUAUUUUGAUCUGAAA